AUGACGACCACGGUACCUAAAGUUUUCGCGUUCCACGAGUUCCUAGGGGUGGCAGAGGCAGUAGCGGACCAUGUUGUGUAUGCGCAGAAUAGUGCGUUGAAUCGGAGUUUGAAGGAGAAGAAGAGCUCAAGUACGAGUCUGAAUAGCAGCGCAGCAUCGCGGGACUCGAGCAGUUCCGGUUCCAAGAAGGCAAAGAAGGAGAAGGAGGCGAGAUUCAAGAUUGCGCUCUCUGGGGGAUCGCUGAUCCAUGUUUUGCACGAGGGAUUGCUCAAGAGGGAGGACGUACAGUGGGGGAAGUGGGAUAUCUACUUUGCGGACGAGAGACUGGUCCCGUUCGACUCGCCGGAGAGCAACUACGGGUUGGCGAAGCGCGAGAUCCUGGACCAGAUCGACACGGAGAAGUACGGGAGCCCCAGGGUGUUCCAUAUAGACGAGCAGCUGAUCGGCGACCCGCAGGAAUGCGCAGAAAACUACGAAAAGGUGCUUAUCAAGGGGUUUGCCGGCAGAGACUCGGUGAAGCUACCGAUGUUUGACCUUUUCCUGCUCGGGUGCGCUCCGGACGGCCACAUUGCAUCGCUGUUCCCGAACUUCCAGGAGAAUCUGCGGGAAAAGCUUGCGUGGGUGGUGCCUGUCGAGAACGCGCCCAGCGGGCCUUCCAACAGGAUAUCGCUGACGAUCCCCGUCAUUUGUCAUUCCCACAGGGUUACGUUCGUGGUCGAGGGCGCCACCAAGGCGCCCGUCAUCAAGACAAUCAUGGAGAGGCCCGAGAAAGGUCUGCCAAGUAGUAUUGUGAACGAAGGUGCGGCAGGUCGUGUGUCUUGGUUCGUCGACGAUGAAGCUUUGAGAGAUGUGUUUGUGACGAAGAAGAAGUACAAAUUCCAUGUCGACGGUGACGAGUGA